UUGUGACUUUUAUUUGAAAUGUGUGAAACAUAAGUUUUAACUUAAACAAAUCUAAUAAAACAACCGCAGGAUCAUCUGUUAAAUGAAAAGUAAAAUGUCCUGGAGAUGUGGGUUUCCAGACAGACCUUUGUGCGUAAAACCACACCACCCCUCCCCUCAGAUCCACUUUUCUAAUUUAAAGGAUCUGGUUUAAACCGGCCCACUGCUCAGACUCGGCCGAGGUGGAUUAAAGCUCCCCCCUGGGCUGCAGCCUAAACGGAGCGAUAAAGAGGAACUGAAACUGUGAUCUCAAUCACAAACGCAGCGCUUUUCUCGCCUUGGCGGUUUGGCGGCUCCGUUUCUCUAAAGCGCAGAGGAGGAGCCCACGGUCAGACUUCCUUGUCAGUUUGUGGGUGUGAAGCUCGAGCUGCUAUCAGCCUCGAAGCAUCUUUCUGCUCAUCAGAAACAAGAGCCCGUUUCCUCCUGCGGGUUUACCCGGAGAACAUGGAGCCGUCGCGCUGUGCGUAAACAAGGACGCGCGGACAGGAUGGAAUUGGCCCUUGGUGGAGACGCAGAGGAGCACGCGUUUUUGGAAAGUGCGUCUUCAUGGUGUGUGUGAAACCGUGAAACGCAGAGAUGAACAGCACAGACGCCGCUAGCAGCCCGCCCACCGUCCCGGCGAUCAUGUUCAUUUUUGGGGUGGUUGGGAACGUCAUCGCCAUAGUGGUUCUGCGCCUGUCAAAGAAGGAGAAAAAAGAGACGACUUUUUACACGCUUGUGUGCGGCCUGGCGGUGACGGACCUCCUGGGCACCCUGAUGGUCAGCCCGGUCACCAUCGCCACCUACGUGAAGGGCUCCUGGCCCGGGGGCGAGUCCCUGUGCCAGUACUCCAGCUUCAUCCUGCUCUUUUUCUUCGUGGUGCAGCUCAGCAUCGUGUUCGCCAUGUCGGUGGAGAGAUUCCUGGCGAUAAACCACGCGUACUUUUACAACAAGUACAUCAACCAGAGACAAGCUGCGCUCACGUUGCUGGCCAUCUACGUCUCCAACAUCGUCUUUUGCGCGCUGCCCAUCGCGGGGGUCGGCCAGGUGAGACUCCAGCAGCCGGAGACCUGGUGCUUCAUAGACUGGCAGAACAACCACACCACAGUCCAGGCCUUUAACCUCGUGUACGCGGGGGUGAACUCGGCUCUCGUGCUGGCCACCGUGAUAUGCAACGUGAUGGUGUUUGUGGCGCUGAUCCUGAUGCACAAGAAGUUUAUCCGCCGUACCUCUUUGGGUACGGACCCGCGGCGCGUGGCGGAGCUCCGGCGCAGGCGGAGUUUCAGGCGUUUGGCUGCAGCUGAGAUCCAGAUGGUGAUCCUGCUAAUAGCGACCUCCGCCGUGGUUCUCAUCUGCUCCAUACCUUUAGUGUUGAGGAUCUUUGAGAAUCAGCUGAGAAUCACCAUAACAAACAAAAACAAGCCCAACGAAGACCUCCUGGCCAUCCGAAUGGCCUCCAUCAACCCCAUCUUAGACCCGUGGAUCUACAUCCUUGUCAGAAAGACCGUGGUCCUCAAGCUGAUGGAGAAGAUCAAGUGCCUGUUCUGUAAAAUGGGUGGGCGGGGUCAACGAGGGGCAGGGCAUUUCCGUUGUGUCGACGGCCCCCUAUCUUCUUCUGUCAUCUCAAGGGACUCCCCAUCACUGGUGUCCCGGGAGAUGCAGGAGAAGAUGAGCUCCUUGCAGACCGUCUUGCGCCCAUCUGAGGUGAUCUCCCUGGGCCCGAGGUCAUUCCGAGAGAGGUCAGAGGGUGGCUCAAGUCCAGGGUUAGCACAGACCUUACAGGGCUCCCAGGAGGCAACAACACUUAAGACGGCGCUCCUGCAGAGGGACUUAGAGGGUGACAUGGUGAAUAAAAUGCUGAACGAGCUGCCAGUGUGCUCCAAAGACACUCUACGUGUGAUUUUCACAAACGAGUGUGCAAAUAUGCUGGAGAAAUGUAUAUAACCCUCAGCAUGCUCCAGCCCACCCGUCUGUUAGACAUCUGCCAGUCCACUGAUAUUUUCUGAUUGUACCCGUUUUAAAUGUGUGACUCCUCCGUUUAGAUCCACCACGCCUUAAAAGUCUGCUUCAUUACACUGAAAAAGCGCCAACCGUUAAGUUUACUAAGUGUUAAUUAUUUUUCACUCUAAAAUUCUUUUCCAAAUAUGCCAAAAUAAACCAGCUGCCAACUAAACUAAGAACGGUUUAGUGAAAACAAACACAUCAAAUGUAAAGCAUUAAAUAAAAUGAACCCUUUGACGCAGCUGAGUUAAACCCAACUUUGGUGAUUUUGCAGUACACGACCUAAAAAAAUGUUUGUCAUGAGCCGCGUUUCCGCGAUAGGAGUUACGGAAAAUUUCUGGAAGGAGAGAAGUUGACAGGAAAAUCCAGACGGCUCGGUCCUCUCAGCCAUUGUGUCUCCAUACGAAAUCGUCCCUUUCAGGACUUUUUAGGACGUCAGCGUAACGCAACCAAUUCAGCAGUGAGUCACGUCACUGACCGGCGCCAAAAUGUGUCCACAAACGUUUUAUUGUGUCAAAGUUUGUUGUAAUUUAGCCUAUUCACGGGACGAGAGGGCGGCUGUUUGAUGUAAAAAGCAAUAUUUAAUGAUCAGAAGAAGUGCUGUUUUUUACAGCUCUCUGAAAAGAUUGGUUUAUGCUUGACGCGUUCACUUUCCGCUUGGUGAUGCGGCUCGCGGCUGGAACGCGCUUCACAACUCGCAGCGUUUAUGGUUCGUGCGGCUCGUCUCUGCGGUGAGCCAAUAUUCUCCCACACUGAACGGGGUAGCAUGGAGCCCUACGGCAUGCAUCCAACACUACACCAUAGUAGAAGUAGAAAUUACUGUUUACAACAUGGCAUUCCAGCAUUUUUAACAGCGUCCCCGUCUUUUCCGACAGUGCGAGCUACUUCUCUCCAAGAAUUAUUAACAACAUGUUGAUCACGGUGAUCUCUGAGAGCUGAAUCAUACAAAUGUCUGUAUUUACGAACCUCUGCCAUACUAGUUCUUGCCGGUCCGCCAUGUUUUUCCGCGUCCGUCCGUCCGCGUGGUUAGAAAUUUUCCGAGGUGCGCGUUGCGGACAUUUUGGGCCGUGCGGAGAUGCGGUGGAGGGGCGCAAGAACUUUGCCGCUCAGAGCCAUGCAGACCUCGUGGACGCGUCAAGCAUAAACCAACCUUUAGAGACCACAAAGCGGCAAAUACUACAGCGUUGUGGGGGAUUACGCUGCUUUGGGAGUUUAGAAACGACCAUUUAAAAGCAGCUUAUUUUCACCCGUAGCUCUUCAAAUAUUACAAAUACUCACUGCUUGUUGACAUCUGCUGAUUUAACUAUUACUAAGUUACGACCAAUCAGCAUGAGUUAACCACAAGUCCCACCUAGCGACUCUACCGUACCAUUUCUGAGUACCUUCCCCAGAUCAGGUACUCGGUUGGUCCUUUCGGAUCGGCUCGAUGAAAUGGAGACACGGUCAUGCUGUGAAGGUCCAGUAAAAUUUCCUGGAAAUUCCAAUAGUGACAACGAGCCUAUAGAGGAGCUUUUCUGUAGCACUUUUGUAAAAUAUAAACCACUGCUGGGCUGUCAGGAAUGUUGACAACCUGCACAAUGAUUGUAAAGAAUCACAGUUAAAAUGUGAACUCCGUAAUUUAUUUUAUUUGACUGUCUCUUCUCUGUGAGAAGGUCUAUAUGUAUGUGUGAAAACUCUUAUAGUGUUGUUUUUGCUUUGUGUAGACCAGUAAUGUCCAGUCAUGGUCCGUGUGGAGCACUAUCCUGCAUGUUUCUGAUGUUUCCCUGCUCCAAAACUCUUGAUUAAAUGGCAAAAGUAACUUUUGUGUAUGCUCAGGUUCUGCAGGAGCCUGUUAGUCACCCACUGGUUGAAAUCAGACGCAUUUAGCAGAUAAACGUAGAAAAUUCACUGGAAAGUAGCCAUUAAGGACCAGGAUUAAGCAUCAUGGGUGUAGAUGUUUGCAAACCGUUGGGUCACACAUGAAUUCAAAGGGCAACUCCGUCAUCCAGGCUGGAGUUUCAACCAUUUCAUAACGAAAGGCAGCUAUACUCCACAGCACAGACACCAAAGGAUGAUGGGAAGCUUUUUAAUGUCAUCAAUUCUAGAAAAUUGUUCAUUUAUUAAUUUCUCUAAAUCAAUUUGUAAAGAUUUAAUCCAGUUUCAUCUGCAGCGUAAUCCUCCUAAUUGACUCAGAUGAUUUGGAGAUGUUGACUUUGUGCUGCUAAUUAAACACAGCCUCGUACUUUUUUUGUGUGAAAAAGCCAAUGUUGUACAAAAAUUAUAAACUUAAAAAACUAAAUAAAAGUUAAUAAAUAUUAAUC